AUGAGUCAGCACGGCACGACAUGGCAGGAAGCUCUUCGAUUGGCUGACAAGGAGGAGGCAGCAGCGGCUCCCGGCUUGUCGCAGACUGAUGAUGAUGAUGGUGGUGAAGGGGAUGAAGAAGGGGAGGAGCGACAGAACACCCUGGACAGUAACUUCGACUACCUGCUCGGCAUGGCAAUGUGGAACCUCACCAAGGAGAAGAAGGAUGCGCUCAUUCAGAAGAAGGACGAGAAGCAGCAGGAGUACCGUAUCCUGCUGGCAAAGACCCCGCAGGACCUGUGGGUGGCCGAUCUCGAUACACUCAUCGAAAAGCUGGACGAAUACGAGGCAAAGGAGCGUGCCGAAAUGCUGGACAUCAAGGUGGAGGGCGGAAAGGGUGCAAAGGGUGGGGCCAAGAAGGGCGGGGCCAGGAACAAGAACAAGGUGUUGGUCACUGACUACCUGCCGUCGCCGAUCGCCCGCCGUGUCGCGCCAGUCAUCUCCGACGAGUUCAAGAAGAAGGUGGAGAAAGCAGCUGCUGCUAAAGAGAACAAGGGCAAAUCCAAAGCGAGAAAGAAGUUGGGAGACGAGGAGGUGGACGAAUUCGACUUGAUGAGUGAGAAGAACCAGGUGUCACUGUCGGAUCGAAUAGCCAACACGCCGGCGAAGAAGGCUGCCGAGAAGAAGCCACGUGCUAAGAAGGCCGAGAACGGCGAGAAGAAGCCGAGGAAGCCGCGAGGCACCAAGGGCAGUCCGAAGAAGAAGAGCAAAGCGGCGUGGGAAAGUAGUAGUGAGGAUGGGGGCAACAGCGAUGACUCUGAUGCUAGCGAGGUGCUGCCCGUAUCACCUGUACGCCAGACGGCUAGGAGAUCAGCUGCCCCAAAAAAAUACAAUUUUGAUGAUGACGCUGACGAUGAUGAUGAUGAGGAUGUGCUCUAUGACAACGAUGCUGCCAUCAACGGUGAUGAGGAUGCGCCAGUCGUCGAAAAUGAUCUCGAUGACAAUGCAAGCCUUAACGGUAACUCGUCUGGCAACGAGUCGAUAAUCUCGGACAGUGAUACGGGAAAAGCUAAGUCCGCGUUGAUGCCGGCCAAGAAACAGCGCAAGCCGGCCGAGAAAAAGCCGAAGGCGGCCGCUGAAAAGAAAACGGCCUCGCAGGUGGUGAAGGCGUUCUCUGAUUCGGAUGACUCGGACAACGACUUCAUGAAGCCAUCGGGUAAAGCCGGCGAAACCUCUGAAGACAAAUUCGACUCGCUGAUUGCCGGCACUAAGAAGAAGACAACGACUGAUAUAUUUUUGUCGUCCAGCGAGGAUUCCUCUGUGGCUAAACCCAAGGCAGCUAAGAAGGCGGCUGAACCAAAACCUAAAAAGGCACCCGCCAAACUUACCAGGAAGGCUGCCUCAGGAUCUGACUGAUUCACCCGUCAAGGCUAAG